AUGGACAAGAUACCGCUCAACUACGAGGCGUCCGAGGGCGACACCCACAAGCAGCUGACGAGCGAGCUGCCCGUGGACGUGGUCCAGUGCCUCGAGAAUGCCCGAUUCCUUCACCUCGCGACCGCUACCGACAACGUCCCCCACGUUUCCCUCAUGAACUACACCUACCUCCCCACGUCGCCCUACUCGUCCCGCCCCGUCAUUGUCAUGACGACGAACCCCGCCUCGCGCAAGACGACCAACAUUGUCGCCAACCCGAACGUCUCGCUCCUCGUCCACGACUGGGUCUCGCACCGCCCGCCCACGCACGGCCGUCGCCCGUCCGGCGGCUCCCCCGGGCCGGAGCACCGCUCCAGCCUCGCAUCGCUGCUUCUCAACCUCAACACGUCGGCCAUGUCGAGCAUCAGCGCCACGAUAGGCGGCGCCGCGCGGCUGGCGCCCACGGGCUCCGAGGAGGAAAAGUACUUCACCGAGCAGCACCUCGAGAACAACACGUUUGAGGAGGGCGCGGGGGAGGCGCUGUUCCGGCAGCAGAGCGGCGGAGGGGCCGCCGAGGGGAGUCACUUUGUCGCCGGGGAGGAGGUGCGCGUCAUCAUCGUGGACAUCAAGGACGUGAGGGUGAGUGACUGGAAGGGCACGGUGAGGGACUGGGCGUUUGUGUCGGAGGAGGGGCUGGUCAACGGGGCGUAG